UACCAUCACUCGCUCAUCCACCGAGACUCGCAUGAGAUAAAGCUUCAGAACCGCGUCAACAUAAUUAACAUGCCGAGUAAGACCGUGUAGUUCCUAGUAACUUGUUACAAGACAUAUAUAAAUUGGUGUUGUAUCAGACAUAGAAGAAGAAAAUAAUAAAGAAAGAAAAAUGGUGGUGCCCAUGUCCAUGUGCGGUCAAGAAGAGCUUGAAUUGUCAAGGGAUGGAAGCCAUUACAGUCUCUCUACUGGGAUAUUACCUUCUCUUGGAGCCAGAAGUAACCGAAGAAUUAAACUCAGACCCCUCAUUAUAGCUCCCUAUGACCGUCGUUACAGGAUAUGGCAAACUUUCCUUGUUACUCUGGUAGUUUACACUGCUUGGGUAUCUCCCUUUGAAUUCGGAUUUCUUAAGAAACCACAAGCACCACUUUCCAUUACUGAUAAUGUUGUCAAUGGAUUCUUUGCUGUGGAUAUUGUUCUCACCUUCUUUGUGGCUUACAUUGACAAAACUACCUAUUUGUUCGUGGAUAACCCAAAACAAAUUGUUUGGAAAUAUGCAAGAACUUGGUUGACCUUUGAUGUCAUCUCUAUCAUUCCCUCAGAGUUUAUUGAAAAGAUAUCACCAGCUCCUCUCCAAACUUAUGGGCUAUUCAACAUGCUUCGGCUUUGGCGUCUUAGGAGAGUCAGUGCUUUGUUUUCUCGGCUUGAGAAGGACAGAAACUAUAACUAUUUCUGGGUUCGGUGUGCUAAGCUUAUAUGUGUUACCCUCUUCGCUGUUCAUUGUGCUGGAUGUUUUUAUUAUCUUCUUGCUGCACGUUAUCAUGAUCCCAAAAGGACUUGGAUUGGGGCAACAAUGGAUAAUUUCCUUGAACAAAGCUUGUGGACAAGAUAUGUGACAUCAAUGUACUGGUCUAUUACUACUUUAACAACAGUUGGUUAUGGAGAUUUGCAUCCAGUGAAUUCAAGGGAGAUGAUCUUUGACAUCUUUUAUAUGCUCUUUAAUCUCGGGUUAACAGCAUAUCUGAUUGGUAAUAUGACCAACUUAGUUGUCCAUGGCACAAGUAGAACAAGAAAAUUUAGGGAUACCAUACAAGCUGCCUCAAAUUUUGCCCAAAGGAACCUGUUGCCUCCUCGUUUGCAAGAUCAAAUGCUUGCCCAUUUGUGUUUGAAGUAUAGAACAGACUCAGAAGGGUUGCAACAGCAGGAGACACUUGAUUCUCUUCCUAAAGCCAUCAGAUCAAGCAUUUCACAUUAUCUUUUUUACUCUCUAAUGGAUAGGGUCUACUUGUUUCAUGGGGUUUCUAAUGACUUGCUAUUUCAAUUGGUGUCAGAGAUGAAAGCGGAGUAUUUUCCACCCAAAGAAGAUGUCAUAUUGCAAAAUGAAGCCCCCACUGACUUCUAUAUACUAGUUACUGGUGCUGUGGAACUACUAGUUCGUAAAAAUGGAGUUGAGCAGGUUGUUGGAGAGGCAAAAACUGGCGAUCUUUGUGGUGAGAUUGGUGUGCUUUGUUAUAAGCCACAACUUUUCACAGUUCGAACAAAGCGAUUAAGUCAGUUGCUGAGGCUGAACCGUACUACGUUCUUGAAUAUUGUUCAGGCCAAUGUAGGAGAUGGAACCAUAAUCAUGAAUAAUCUCCUCCAGCAUUUGAAAGAUCUCAACAAUCCAAUCAUGGAGGGAGUUUUGGUUGAAACUGAGAACAUGAUAGCUCGUGGUAGGAUGGAUCUACCUGUAAGUCUAUGCUUUGCGGCAGUAAGAGGAGAUGAUUUGUUGUUACAUCAAUUGCUGAAACAGGGCUUGGAUCCAAAUGAAUCCGACAACAAUGGAAGGACAGCUUUGCAUAUAGCAGCAUGUAAAGGAAGAGAAAACUGUGUUUUACUUCUGUUAGAAUAUGGGGCACAUCCUAAUAUCAGAGAUUCGGAUGGCAAUGUAGCACUAUGGGAAGCAAUAGCAGGUGGACAUGAAUCAGUCUGCAAUGUGUUGGUAGAGAAUGGCGCAAAGUUGCAAAUCGGUGACGUGGGUCAAUAUGCAUGCAGUGCGGCAGAGCAGAACAGUAUCAACUUGCUCAAAGAAAUAACGCGCUACGGAGGAGACAUCACCCUCCCAAACAGCACCAACGGGACCACAGCGUUGCACGUGGCAGUGUCGGAAGACAACGUUGAAAUUGUGAAAUUGCUGUUGGAUCACGGGGCUAGUAUUGACAAACCAGACAUGCAUGGUUGGACCCCAAGAGAUUUAGCAGAUCAACAAGGACAUGUAGAAAUCAAAGCCCUUUUUGAGUCCAUUGGGGAGCCUAAGCCUCGGUCUCAGUCUCAGCCUCAGCCUCAGCAUCUUGUUUCCAUUCCUGAGAAACAUUCUCAGAAUAAGUUAAGGUACCUUGGUAGAUUCACAAGUGAGCCAACAAUGCCUUCAUUUCAUGGCACUGAUGGAUCUUGGAGCCAAAACCGUCCAAGGCGUAGGGGCAACAACUUCCAUAACUCACUCUUUGGGAUAAUGUCAACAAAAUCCAAAGGGGAAAAGGACAUGCUUUUCUCUGUUGACAAUAAUAACAAUGCUAGGAAUGGUAUGAAGAGUACAGUUUGCCCCUUUAGUAGAGUUGCAAUUAGUUGCCCUGAAAAGGGUGAGGUUGCUGGAAAGCUUGUUUUGCUACCUGCAAGCUUUAAAGAGUUACUUGAUAUUGGAGCCAAGAAAUUUGGUAUUAGUCCUGCUAAGGUCGUUACCAAAGAUGGAGCUGAAAUUGAAGAUAUAGAGGUAAUUAGAGAUGGUGACCAUCUUGUUUUUGUUAGUCUUAGUGGGAUGCCGGACUCCGGUUCUCCAGCAGAACCCACCAGUGGUGUGCCUCUAUAGCAAUAGCAUGCACAUAACAAACGUCUUGGUCAUUAUUUUUCGUUUACCCAUCUCAUCUGUUCUCAAUUGUAAAUCUUGUGCUGGUUACUUUUGUUUGAAUG